GGGUAGCCAAUGAGCACACUCUCGGAGAGCGGUGAGGGCAAUAUGGCUUCCUGCACCUGGUGACGGUUGAGGAAAUUGUAUUUGGUAUCAUGGAGAAACCGCGGGGCACUGAGGAGACGCCAUCUUCAGAGCCAAUGGAAGAGGAGGAAGAUGACGACUUGGAACUCUUCGGGGGCUAUGAUAGCUUCCGGAGUUACAACAGCAGUGCGGGCAGUGAGAGCAGCUCCUACUUGGAGGAGUCAAGUGAAGCAGAAAAUGAAGAUCGGGAAGCAGGGGAGCUGCCCACCUCACCUCUGCAUCUGUUCAGCUCUGCGAAUAACCGCGCCUUGGAUGGCAGUGGUUCUGAGCCAGCUGUCUGUGAGAUGUGUGGUAUCGUGGGCACAAGAGAAGCUUUCUUUUCAAAGACCAAGAGGUUCUGCAGCGUCUCAUGUUCCAGGAGCUACUCUUCCAACUCCAAGAAAGCCAGUAUCUUGGCUAGACUUCAGGGAAAGCCCCCCACCAAGAAAGCCAAAGUCCUGCACAAAGCAGCCUGGUCCGCCAAAAUUGGAGCCUUCCUCCACGCCCAGGGAACAGGACAGCUAGCAGAUGGGACACCCACAGGACAAGACGCUCUGGUCUUGGGGUUCGACUGGGGGAAGUUCCUGAAGGAUCACAGUUACAAGGCUGCUCCUGUCGCCUGCUUUAAACACGUACCCCUCUAUGACCAGUGGGAAGACGUCAUGAAGGGGAUGAAGGUAGAAGUCCUCAACAGCGAUGCCGUGCUCCCCAGCCGGGUGUACUGGAUCGCCACUGUCAUCCAGGCAGCUGGGUACCGGGUACUGCUCCGAUAUGAAGGCUUUGAGAAUGACGCCAGUCAUGACUUCUGGUGCAACCUGGGGACUGUGGACGUCCACCCCAUUGGGUGGUGUGCCAUCAACAGCAAGAUCCUGGUGCCUCCACGGACCAUCCAUGCCAAGUUUACUGACUGGAAGAGCUACCUCAUGAAGCGGUUGGUGGGAUCCAGGACACUUCCUGCAGAUUUCCAUAUCAAGAUGGUAGAAAGCAUGAAGUACCCUUUUCGGCAGGGCAUGCGCUUAGAGGUUGUAGACAAGACUCAGGUGUCACGUACCCGCAUGGCUGUGGUGGACACAGUAAUUGGGGGUCGCCUGCGGCUCCUCUAUGAGGAUGGUGACAGUGAUGAUGACUUCUGGUGCCAUAUGUGGAGUCCUCUGAUCCAUCCAGUGGGUUGGUCACGGCGUGUUGGCCACGGCAUCAAGAUGUCAGAGAGACGAUGUGACAUGUCUCAUCACCCUACCUUCCGGAAAAUCUACUGUGAUGCUGUUCCUUACCUCUUCAAGAAGGUCCGAGCUGUCUACACGGAAGGUGGCUGGUUUGAGGAGGGAAUGAAACUAGAGGCCAUUGACCCUCUGAAUCUGGGCAAUAUCUGUGUAGCAACCAUCUGCAAGGUGCUCCUGGAUGGCUACCUGAUGAUCUGUGUGGAUGGGGGGCCGUCCACGGAUGGCUCAGAUUGGUUCUGCUACCACGCCUCCUCCCACGCCAUCUUCCCAGCUACCUUCUGCCAAAAGAAUGACAUCGAGCUCACACCCCCAAAAGGGUAUGAGACACAGCCUUUUGACUGGGACAGCUACUUAGAAAAGACCAAGUCAAAAGCAGCUCCAGCGAGACUCUUUAACAUGGACUGCCCCAACCAUGGUUUCAAGGUGGGCAUGAAGCUGGAGGCUGUGGACUUGAUGGAGCCACGGCUCAUCUGUGUGGCCACCGUGAAGCGCGUGGUGCAUCGUCUCCUGAGCAUCCACUUCGAUGGCUGGGACAACGAGUAUGAUCAGUGGGUGGACUGCGAGUCCCCCGACAUCUACCCUGUUGGCUGGUGUGAACUCACCGGCUACCAGCUCCAGCCGCCUGUGUCCGCAGAACCAAACACACCUCAGAAAGGCAAGGACGCCACGAAGAAGAAGAAGAAGCAGUUUGGGAAGAAAAGGAAAAGAGUCCCAUCAGCCAAGACUCGGCCCCUCAGACAGGGCUCCAAGAAACCCUUACUGGAGGACAACCUUGAGGCUUUGGGGGUCUCGGAACCAGUUCCUGAUGACAUCAUCGCUGUGUGCGUGAAGGAGGAGCACCAGGACAUGGCCUCGCCUGACAGGUCACCCAGUCCACCGCUGCCUCUCCCCAUCGAGAGCAUCAAGCAAGAAAGGGACAACUGAGACUUCCCUGGCAUCAGCCUGGAGGCUGUCUGAAGCCAAGCCUGGUCAGGAGCAGAGAGGGGGCCGGCUUUACUGCUCUGCAGCAAGUGUCCAGGGCCUCCUCCGCCCUCUGCGCAGGCCUGCUGACUGGUCAGUGAGUUCUAAGCUGGCACACUCAUUGCACCCUUGGCACACUGGAAAACUAGACUGAUCCCAUGUGUCUACCCAGGCGAGUGGUGGAAGUAAGGCUAUGGAGCAGCUGUAGGUGGGCAGCCCAUGCUGACGCUGGGUGUGGACAUGGCCACCUCUGCCCAAAAUAAAUUGAGCAUCCUCUACCUCCUGGGGGCACCCUGGCUGAUGUCCCAGGGGCCCCAUUGUGGCAGGUGAUUGACCAAGGUGGUGGGUUUGAACCUUGACCUCAGGGAUGGCAAGAACACUGACUUCUUUCUUAGAGGGAGUGGUUGGGAGGACAUGCAGGGACCUGUGCCCUAAGGCAGACAUGGGCCAGGCUGCCUGCUGCUGGGCACAGGACCAGACAGUAGUUGACCCAUGCAGUCUGGGGUGCUGACUGAGGCCAUCCUCUAGAGCCGAGCUUGGGUUGGACCUAAGGUUUCCAUUCCCCUGCCUGGUCAGCAGGGCCACUGCUCAGCAUACCGUCGCUACAGUGUUGGCUUUUGAUUUCCCACUUAGACACUUUAGUUGUUUAUUUUUGAGACAGGGUCCAUGUAGUACUUGCUGUUCUGGAGCUUGAGAUGUAGCCCAUGCAGAUAAACUGAUAGGGAUCCCCCUGCCUCCGCCUCCUCGUGCUGGGAUAAAGCUGUGCGCCCAGCCCCCAGCUAGACACUUUGGAACUGGUGGUGUAGCCCUCAGUAUCAUCUUGAACACCAGUGGGGGCUCCUGCAGUGCCCUUUGUGCUUCACUGGGUUUUGGACGAAGCAGUGAGGCCCCUGCUUCCUGUCAUGUAGUGACUGUAGUGUGCUGCGUGACUAUCUCGGUCAAGUCCCGUCACGAAGAUGGAAGUCCACAGCCUAAGGCAGUGCCUGCUCACAGCUGCCUGUAUCUCGAGCUGCAGGGACCCUGUGCCUCUGGUUUCUGUGGAUACAAAUGUGUAUGCCUUAAAAAAUCAUUAAAAAAAAAAAAAAAAAAACUUUGAAGAAAA